AUGUUCUUCAAAGCGAAAUCUGACUUAUUGUCAACUUUUGUUCUUUCCCUCGCAUCGGUGCCAACUGUGGUUGCCAACUGCGCACUUCCGUCUACUUACCAUUGGACAUCCACUGAAGCCCUCUCAAGGCCUAAAGCUGGAUGGACGGCUGUCAAGGAUUUCACCAAUGUGGUCGUUAACGGCCAUCAUCUCGUCUAUGCAUCGUCUGCCGAUCCAGCUGGGAAGUACGGCGGGAUGUACUUUGCUCCCUUUGCUGAUUGGCAGGGUAUGGCAUCUGCUAGUCAAAACGCAUUGGACUUUUCUGCUGUGGCUCCUACUUUGUUCUUCUUCCAGCCGAAGAACAUCUGGGUCCUCGCCUAUCAAUGGGGUGUGAGCCCUUUUACCUACCGGACAUCGAACGAUCCUGCCAGUGGAAAAUGGUCAGAAGGACAACCCCUCUUUACCGGCAAGAUCACCGAGUCCACCCAUGGUCCUAUUGAUCAGACCCUGAUUGGCGAUGCUACCCAUAUGUACCUUUUCUUUGCUGGUGACAAUGGCCGGAUUUAUCGAUCGAGCAUGCCUCUUGAAAACUUCCCCGGAAGCUUCGGAACCAGUUCGGAGGUGGUGCUGGCUGACACCAAGGAAAAACUCUUUGAGGCAGUUCAAGUGUACCAUGUCAAAGGACAGAACCAGUACCUGAUGAUCGUCGAGGCAAUUGGAGCCCACGGGCGCUACUUCCGUUCAUUCACUGCUAGUGACCUCAGCGGAAAGUGGGCCCCACAGGCAGUGAGCGAGGACAAGCCUUUCGCCGGAAAGGCUAACAGUGGCGCAACCUGGACUAACGAUAUCAGCCAUGGUGAUUUGGUCCGUGAAAACCCAGACCAGAGCAUGACUAUAGACCCUUGCAAUCUGCAGUUCCUCUACCAAGGACGUUCCCCAAUCUCAAGUGGCAACUACGAUACCGAGCCGUACAGGCCGGGUGUCCUCACUUUGAAGAAGUAA